GGCCGUGGUUAUUCCGCGGAUGGUCGAAAAGUGUCUGCGUGUUCUCCGAACUCAAACUCUCCGGGCGGAUUGAGCGCCGAUUACGAACUGCGGGCACCCGACAGCCAUCUCAGGGGUUGCCGAAUGUCUGGUCGGACUACGAGCUCGAUCUACAUCGCGAAGAGCUACCCCUCCGUUCCAGCGCCAUCACCUUUUCGGAGCACAAACUCAUCACGUCACCAUAAGUGAAUGUCAAGAAUCGCAUAGCCAGGAGCGUAUCUGACUUACUCCGGCAUCUCUCCAGUCGACGAGCCUCUUUUCGUCAUGGAUAAGAAAGACACCCGGCUCCUUCUGCCGGAUAUCCACAGCGUCGAACAGAUCAGAACGGGUUCGCAGAAUGCGUUGAAAUACGUGUCUUUAGUGACUCUGACAGUGCAAAAUGCCGCACUCAACCUGGCUAUGCGGAGUUCUCGGACUCAGAAAGAAUUGUUCAUCGCAUCCACCGCCGUAGUCAUGGCCGAAGUUAUCAAACUCGUAACAUGUUUGGGCCUGAUCAGAUUCGAAGAGGGCUCGUGGAAGAAAACGGUGAAAAAUACGCACAGAACAGUUCUGGUGAACUUCUGGGACACUCUGAAGGUCGCGGUUCCUUCCUUCGUAUACACGAUACAGAACAAUCUGCUCUACGUGGGCGCGACUCACUUGGACGCCGCGACAUGCCAAGUCACCUACCAGCUGAAGAUUCUCACAACCGCCUUAUUUUCGAUCGCACUACUCCGGAAGAAAAUCUCCGCCAUUCAGUGGGUUUCGCUCUUCAUGCUGUUCAUCGGUGUCGCCCUCGUCCAAUUGGCGCAGCUGGACAAGCCGCACAUGAUAGUUGCAGGUCGGGAGCAGAGUGCCUUCGUCGGUUUCAUGGCGAUCUUCAUGGCCUGUGUGCUCAGCGGUUUCGCCGGUGUCUAUUUCGAGAAGAUACUCAAGGGUGCCGAUAUAUCGGUCUGGAUGCGUAACGUCCAGCUCUCUGUGGUGGCGAUUCCCAUCGGACUCUUGACGACCUUCUCCUAUGAUCUCCACGAGGUCUCGUCGAAAGGAUUCUUCCAUGGCUACAACGCGAUUGUAUGGUCCGUUAUACUUCUUCAGGCUCUCGGUGGCUUGCUUGUCGCCAUGGUGGUACGCUACGCCGACAAUAUCCUCAAGGGCUUCGCGACAUCGCUUGCCAUCAUCUUGUCGUGCAUAGUGUCCGUCUAUGCGUUCGAUUUCGUGCUCACAAUCACUUUCUGCCUCGGAACCUCAUUGGUCAUGGCAUCAGUAUUCCUCUAUUCGAGUAAAAUACAGCUGAAACUCUGAGCGUUGUUUGAAACACAGUAUGACUAGAGAUGAGCGAAUAAUACAUUCUGUUGAAUGCAAUAUGACGAAACUUUCGCCUGAACUGCGUGUAGGGAUAGCUGCAUUGAGACUACAUCUUCGGAUCAAAAAGUGUCAGCCAGAUGUCCACUGCGCGGGCGAAAAUGGCCCGGGUUUCCCCAAGUUCCUUCAGAAUAUCCUAGCUUAUGAAAUUGAUUCAUUACCGACUAGACUGGUUCACAGUGUACAGUUUGAUUGAGAGGACGAGAGUGAGAUGUUUGAGACCACCUAUAACUUAUACG